AUGCGACAGCAACGCCAGAGCAUCGGGCAGCAAGUUCCAUUUCUCGUUUUCAUCUUCUUCUGGGCAUGUAUAGCAUCGGCAACGCGAUGCACGUGCGGCUAUCAAGUUGGCGGCGCACACGGCGAUGAUUGGCUUUUCACAGAAGCCAUCGAAACGGAUUUCACCAGGCUCAAGUCUAUCACCGCAACCAAGGACUGGCAGCGACAAGAGUUCAACGUAUCCGCAGAGGCUGGGCGUGGUAAAUAUUCCAAAUCUUUUACCCCAGACAAUGUUGCUGUCCGCCCGGGCGCGGCAGAUAAAGAUGCUUCUGGGAGGCAGGCUGGCGUGGCGUUGUCCGUCAGUGCCACUAUUGUCAACGGUGCUGUGUCUGUUGCGGAGUUAGAUACUGCUCGUCAAGAUCUUCGAUGGGGUUCUUACAGAGCAGGUAUGAGAAUGACACCUGUGAAAGGCACGUGUGCGGCCUUGUUUUGGUAUUUCAACGACACACAGGAGAUCGACAUGGAAUUUUUGUCCAUGGAAUAUGAUUGGGAAAAGAAGAUAUUCCCGGUCAAUAUCGUGAUACAGUCCAAGGAGUCGGCUGCGAAAGGCUACGAUGCCAAUGGUACUUCGACAUAUAGGACGGUGAACCUCGACUUUGAUCCGUCUGCAGGUUUUCACGAAUAUCGCUUCGAUUAUCUGCCAGGUAAAGUUUAUUUCUACGCCGACAGCAAAUUGCUGGUAGAGAUGGAAGGCGACCAGGUCCCCGACAGUGCCGGGCAUCUUAUUCUGCAACACUGGAGCAACGGUAACCCAAAGUGGUCGGGUGGGCCGCCUCAGGAGGACGCUACUAUUGUUGUCAGUUACGUAAAGGCGUACUUCAACUCAUCAGACAUCAGAAGAGAGGACAAGUGGAACAAGGGCUGCAGCUCGAAGCGGGUUGACGUGUGUUCUGUGCUCAACGGGACGGUAGAUGACGCGACAGAUGGUGGGCAGUUUUUCGAUCCAAAUCACACGCAGGGUAACGGUGACAAGAGUCUGGCGCCUGCCAUAACGCCCAGGCUAGGGUACAUGGCACUGCUGCUGAUCGGGCUGGUGUUGAUAGGAGCUGAUUAA